ACAUGUUCUUGAGGAGUUAAAGGGAGUGAGUACUUCAAUUCUGAGUGCGCUAAAUAUUACACCACAAAGUACUACAACACGUAUCACUAAUGAUGCACCUGAGCAGGUAGUACCUCGUCGUAGUGGAAGGGUUGUCCGGCAGCCCGAACGGUUCAUGGGUCUGGGAGAGUCUUCUGAGGCCGUCCUGGACGUUCUUGAAUCCGACCCAUGGACAUACAAUGAGGCACUCCAAGAUCGGGACGCAGAGUCUUGGCAAAAGGCAAUGAAAUCUGAAAUAGAGUCAAUGGACUCUAAUCAGGUCUGGGGUCUUGUAGAACCACCCAGUGGCGUUCGCGCCAUUGGAUGCAAGUGGGUCUAUAAGAGAAAGAGCGGAGCAGAUGGGAAGGUUGAGACCUUCAAAGCUAGGCUUGUUGCGAAAGGGUACACUCAGAAAGAAGGGAUCGAUUAUGAGGUAACCUUUUCGUCGGUAGCCAUGCUCAAAUCCAUCAGGAUUCUCUUGGCUAUGGCCGCUCAUAUGGAUUAUGAGAUUUGGCAAAUAGAUGUUAAGACCGCUUUCCUUAACAGGAAUUUGGACGAGGACAUCUUUAUGCAGCAACUAGAAGGAUUCAUUGCAAAGGGCCAAGAGCAAUUGGUCUGCAAGCUGAAGAGGUCCAUUUAUGGGCUGAAGCAGGCUUCGAGGUCCUGGAACAUCGGUUUUUACGAGGUUGUCCAAUCGUAUGGAUUUACCCAAUGUCCGGAUGAGCACUGUGUAUACAAGAAAAGUAAUGGAAACGUGGUGGUGUUUCUAGUGUUGUACAUGCACGCAAUGGCAGGGAUUAGAGGGCCAAGGACGAUGCGAUUGUCAGCUCGGGUCAAGGAUCGUAGGGUGAUGGUGCUCGUGGACAACGGGUCAUCGCACAACUUCAUUAAUGCUGAUUUGUCCCAAAAGCUGAAUUUACCAACCACGAAGAUUGAGACUUUUGAGGUACGAGUAGCUAAUGGUGAGAGGCUGCAAUGCACUGAAUCCUUUCGAAAGGUGCCAAUCAAGUUCCAAGGAGUUACGAUAAAGGCUGAUCUCUAUGCUUUACCCCUAAUCGGACCUGAUGUCGUGCUAGGAGUCCAAUGGCUCGAAGGGUUAGGCAAGGUGACCACCGACUACCGAACUGGAGUUAUGGAUAAGGAGCCACAUACGGAAGAGGCCGGACAGCAGCAAGGCGAUGUGCGCGAGCUUCUUAAGGAAUUCGAAGGAGUGCUAGGCGAACCCAAGGGCCUACCACCUCACCGGGAGUUUGACCACCGCAUACCCCUGAUUAAUGAGCAGCAUGCAGUGCACGUCCAUCCCUAUAGGUACGCUCACUUCCAGAAAACUGAGAUUGAGAGGCAAGUGGCUGAGAUGCUAGAAUCGGGGUUAAUUCAGCAUUGCAAGAGUCUGUUUUCUUCACCAGUACUGUUAGCUAAAAAGAAAGAUGGCACAUGGGGAUUUUGUACUGAUUAUCGAGCUCUGAAUGCCGUGACUAUCAAGGAUCGAUUUCCUAUUCCUAGUGUCGACGACAUGCUCGAUGAGUUAGCUGGAUCACGUUACUUCUCGAAGCUCGAUCUGAGAGCUGGUUAUCAUCAGAUUCGACUCCACAAAGCCGACAUACCGAAGACAGCUUUUCAUACGCAUCAAGGACACUAUGAGUAUUUGGUGAUGCUAUUCGGGCUAUGCAACGCCCCAUCCACUUUCCAGUUUGCUAUGAAUUCCGUCUUCAAGGAGCAUCUACGUAAGUUU